AUGGAUAAUAUGUACAGUUAUGAUUAUCAAUUUCGUCUGAUAGUUGUGGGAGAUUCAACAGUUGGAAAGUCAUCACUAUUACGGAGCUUUUGUGAUGGCGUCUUUUCUCAAGAUCCCGAUCCGACUGUUGGUGUUGAUUUUAAUGUGCGCAUUGUUGAAGUUAAACCUGGUGUCAAAGUCAAACUACAGCUAUGGGACACAGCUGGACAAGAACGAUUUCGGAGUAUAACACGCGCGUAUUAUCGAAAUUCAGUCGGUGUCCUUCUGAUAUAUGAUACAACUAACUAUGUGAGUUUUACACAUGUGACAAGUUGGUUAAAUGAAGCUCGUGCACAAAUUCAACCUUAUCAUUCAGUCUUUCUGCUUGUCGGUACGAAAAUCGAUCGCGAAUCGGAACGUCAAGUGACAACCGAAGAAGGCAAAGCAUUUGCUGAUUUCCAUAAUAUUUCAUUUAUUGAAACGUCUUCUAAAUCAUCUCUAUACGUUCAAGAAGCAUUCACAAUGAUAGCUCGCGAAAUCUACGAUAUGCUCACCGAAGGACGCAUACAUGUUCAAAGCGGAUGGGACGGAGUGAAAACAGGUCCAAAAUCUGCCAAUUCCAAUCAAAGUCAACCGAUCGAAAUCGCACAGAAUGUCCAACCACGACGUAAUGGGUGUUGUAGCAGUUAA